CACUAAUAAUGCCUAGUUGUUUGACCUCUUGUAAGUGUUAAAAAAGAUGGCGGAUGCCUAUGGGAUUUUUUUGUGGUAUAAGUGCUUGAAAAGGACAUUAAUUGCUAUUUGUGCUUUGCUCUUAUCACCAAUUGAAGUAUCUGCUUUAAUUUGUUACUGUGCUGGUGAAUGCCCUCCAAACCAGCCAAAUGGUUCCUGUUUUGCUCGUCCAGAUAGUCAGUGUUUUAGUGCAAUAGAGGAAGUUUAUAAUCCUGAAACUGGUCUUCUAGAAAAUGAAAUAACAUAUGGGUGCUUGCCACCAGAUUCAAAUGGCUUCAUGCAGUGCAAAGGCCAUCUAGUACCUCAUCAAGUACCCAAGACUAUUGCUUGUUGCUCGAACAGCGAUAUGUGUAAUAAAUAUCUAGUACCAAAAUUUGUUGCCAGACCUGCUACUCCAAGUCCAAUGUAUAAUGGAGAGCUGAUGGCAUAUACAGGUCCGUAUCAUUUGAUUACAUUCCUGGCUGCUGUUUCUGUUUGCUUAGUUAUCUUCACAGUAGUCAUCAUCUGCAUUGUAAUAAGGUAUGAUUUAUUUGCCUUUAAAAUCAUUUUACUUCCCAUAGAGCCUUCUAAAUGUAAAUACCAUUGACUGUAAUGCUAUGUUAGAAACAUUAACAACCAUUCAGUGUGAUACAGUAGCCAUUUAACGUAAUUUGUUACUUUUCAUUGCAUUCUUUGUUUUUUAGUAUUUUCUACCACUGCUUUUUGCUUGAGACUGAACUGUUAUUUUAAUUUAUAAUAAUGAAUUUAGAUUAUUUAUCAGUAUUUAUCAAAUCAUUAAGAUAGUUAUCAGAAAUUCCUAUGGCUGAAAGCAAAUUACUCAUGAUUGAAGUGCAUAUUCAUUCACAGUUAUAAGCAUUUCAUGAACUUAACUGUAAAUCACUGAAUUAAUUUUUGCAAUCUGUUAUAUGUAUACACUAUUCAUGGAAUUAAAUUUCUACACUCUGAAUGUGAAAAUUUUGAUAGCAGGAUAAAAAAAAAAUAACAUUCAGCUGAUUGCUUGAAUGUUAGUUUGCAUGAUAAAUAGAACAGUUAUUCAUAUGCUGAAAUUCAUAGUAUUACCAAAGGCAUGUUUCCUAUAAAUAUCAUUCACAGAUUUAUUUUAAAAAGUGGGCACUUUCUUAUUUAAAAAAAAAAAAAAAAAAGAAAAAGAAAA